AACAUGCACCCGCUCAAGCCUCUCCACCCUCCACUUGUUGCUUUGACCUCCAGGAACAGACUCUGACUCGAGAUAGAUAUUCAGGAUGUCCACCGAUGAAAGCAUCGAACAAGCAGAUGGCACUGAUGACGGCGUUCCAUCGAACAACGACAACCGCGCCAUUAUGGUAUUCACUCGUGCGCUGGUACGGCAUCUUUCGACUCCUUCCGGCCGUUUGGAGCCGACCUAUGUGGGUGUGAAGCGCAUCCGUCCGAGCAGUCGCAUGGUGAAGCAAGCGUUGGAUCAGGAGAAGCGAAAGGAAACAACAACACAAAAGGUCUCGACGCUAGUCUUUAAAGUCAUGGGCGAAGAUGGCCAGGAGCGACGAAUGACCAAGCAGGAAAAGAAGGCCAAAAAGCUAGAAAUCGCCCAGCAAAAGAAACUCGAAAAAGAGCAACGGCGCAUCGAGAAAGAAAAGAAUGAACCACCACCUCGGAAGAAAAAGAGAAAGCGGAGAGGGGAAAAGACGGGGCCUGUCCUGGCCAAGAAACCCAAGGAAGAGGAUGGCCAGAACAAUAAUACAGAUUCUUCGUCAGCCAAUGGUGAUAGUAAAGCGAACAAUACGUCGGCGGGUGAUACAGCAGCCGACAACAGCAAUCAGGACGUGAAGCAGAUGGAUGAUUCAAAUUUCAACAAUGAUGAAAUCAAGGCAUUGUCUCAAGUGGGAAUAUCUCCACCCAAACUGUCACUGAUGGAACAGGAACUGGCCGAUUUGAGGGGAGAGCGUCAAGGAGUGCCACCCGUCAUUUUGUCGCCUUCACUAGCACACGUCGCGCUGCGUACUCCAGGGUUCCUUCCAGGCAACAAUAUCCCUCCCAAAAGUAAUGUUUCUUACGUUAUAGACGAUGAGUUGGCUCAGGAAUGGGCUACCGCCAUCCAAGAGAGCAUGCUGCCCGCUCUCGAGGUCCGGGGCCGCGAAGAAAUGAGGAGUAUGGCAUAUGCCAUCAUCCCGCAAGUCUGGUCUCGAAUGCGGCCAGAUUCCUUGAUGCGGGCACCAGGAGAUCAGCCGAACAACAACGAAACGAAAAGCAACUCCCAAACAGUCGAGACAACGACUUCCAGCCACGAGAAGAACGAAACAAGGCAAGAGUCUUGGGGACUCGUACCCAUCCGACCACCAUCCGGGUCGACCUUUGAUUCUGAUCUUGCAGCCGUCACCGAAGUUCUCUAUCGAAGCUCACCCCUCUACCUCUCCUGUGGCGCCAAGUUUGGGUGCGACUUGUUAUUGUACGAUGGUCCUCGACAAGAACGACACGCUUUUGGCGGCCUUCGACUGGUUGUCCAUGACGACAAGAACGCUACUGCUCCUUUCCCGAUACCAUCGGCGUAUGCCAUUGCUGGGUAUGUGAGAACCCUCAACACUGCCGGGAAACUAGCAUUGAUGGCGUUGGUGCGACGAGAUGAUACGCAGGAGGAUGCCACCACAUUCCGCGUUGCGCUAGUGGACCUCAAGUUGCAGCGUGUGGAUGGCACAAAACUAAAAGGCACUGACGAACGACUGGAAAAACUCAACCGUUCAUCGUAG